AUGCAAAACGUUAUUAAAGUCGCCAUGACGAACUCUAACUGGAUCCUUUUGGAAAUUUCUAUCUAUCUAUCUAUCUAUCUAUCUAUCUAUCUAUCUAUAUCGGCCACUAAUAUUAUCAAUAGUGUUGAAUAUUGUGAUCAUCUCUCCUCUCUCUCUUUCUUUUCUCUUUCUCGAUUCUCUUUCUCUCUCUCGACUACUCUCGAUUUAAAAUUGUUUCUCUCGAUUUCUCUUGUCCAUUCCCUAGUGUUGAUUUAUUAUCUCUCUCUGUCCUUUUCUCUCUCUCUCUCUCGCAGCCAUUCGUUCACACUUACUUACUUUCAUAAUCUAUAUCCUCAAUUAACCAUUCACUCCCCCUCUCUCUCUCUCAUUCUUUCUCCUUCACUCAUUUACUCCCUCUCUCACUCUAUCAAUGACUACUUUUCUGUAUUCUUCACUAUCACUCAAUCUCUCUCAUUUUCUUAUUCAUUUGCUCACUCUCUCUUUCGAUCAAUAUUUUUUGUCUUGCUUACAUUUUCUCUCACCCACUCACUUAUUUUCAAAUUAUUCGUUAUUUUCUCUAUUUAUCUUCCUUACUCUCUCCCAGCCAUUCUCUCUCUCGUCCAUUCUAUAUCUUAUCCCCUUUCCAACAUUGACUUCUUCACUCACCCUCUCUCGUUCAGUACCGAUUUUCUUCCUCUCUUUCUCUUUCUCACGCCUUCUCUUUUUGCUUCUCCCACAGACACUCAUUUUCUCCAUUAA